GCGCCAUUUUCCAGCCUCUGCAAACUUGCAGUCCAGCAAACAGUUACUCCUCUCUCUACCGUCGUCCCCGUUCGCAUCUGCAUUUUAUUCCUCGCUCCCCUCCCUUCUCCCCUCGUCGCUUUGGUUCCAAAGCAUCUUUAUACGCGGCCAUGGCAUCCGAUCUCCCUGUCGCUGUGGAGGGGCUGACCCUCCAUACCACCUCCGAAACGUCCAAGUUCCCCAACUGCUUCCCCUCCCUGAACCCCGUCGAUAUCUACAGAGAGCACAUCGCAGAGAAGCUGGGCGAGGCGACCGGUAUCGACUCUGAGAAGAUCUACACCCGAUUGCAAUGGACAAACACUUUGGACAAGGGUGACCUUGUGUUGCCGGUUGCGGCUUUGCAAAUAAAAAAGAAGCCUCAGGAGCUUUCCAAGGAACUUGCUGAGAAGUUCCCCGAGUCCGACCUUGUCCAGCCCCCCAACGCCGACGGCCCUCAUCUCCAAUUCUUCUUCAAGCCUGGACCCUUGAACAAGACUGUCAUCGACCGCAUUCUGAAGGACAAGGCCACCUAUGGUACCAACGGUAACCAGGGUCUGCGGGACCCCAAGGACCCCUCCAAGGGCCAGAAGAAGUUGAUUGUUGAGUUCUCGUCGCCCAACAUCGCCAAGCCAUUCCACGCUGGUCACUUGAGAAGUACCAUCAUUGGAGGUUUCCUGGCCAACCUGCACACUGUCAUGGGAUGGGAUGUCACCAAGAUGAACUACCUUGGUGACUGGGGUAAGCAGUAUGGUCUGCUCGCCAACGGUUUCAAGCACUUCGGUAACGAGGAGGAGCUCACCAAGGACCCCAUCAACCACCUGUUCGAUGUCUACGUCAAGAUCAACAACAUCCUCUCCGAGCAGGACGGCCCUAUCAAGGAGCUGAAGGAGCAGAUCAAGGCCAAGAAGGAGAAGAGCGAGGAUGUUUCCGAGCUGGAGAAGGAGUUGGAGAAGCUUGUGGACGUCAGUGAGGACGAGAAGGCCCGCCGCUACUUCAAGAGCAUGGAAGACGGUGACGAAUCUGCCCUUGCUCUCUGGACCCGCUUCCGUGACCUCAGUAUCCAAAAGUACAAGCAAACAUAUGCCCGUCUUAACAUUGAUUUCGAUGUCUACUCUGGAGAGUCGCAGAUCAAGAACGAGAGCAUGACUUCUGCCUAUGAGACCAUGGAGAAGGCCGGUGUCUCUGAGAAGUCCGAGGGUGCCGUGAUUGUCGACUUCACCAAGCACAACGCCAAGAAGCUCGGAAAGGCCAUCAUCAUCCGCAAGGACGGCACUCCCCUCUACCUGACCCGUGACAUCGGUGCUAUCUUGGAGCGUGAAGAGGAGUUCCACUUUGACAAGAUGAUGUAUGUCGUUGCUGCUCAGCAGGAUCUUCAUUUGGCUCAGCUGUUCAAGAUCACCGAGUUGAUGGGCUACAAGGACCUCGCUAGCCGCUGCCAGCACAUCAACUUCGGUAUGGUCCGCGGUAUGAGCACCCGUAAGGGUACCGUCAAGUUCUUGGACGACAUCCUGCGGGAUGUCCGUGACAAGAUGCACGAGGUUAUGAAGAAGAACACCGAGAAGUACGAGCAGGUUGAGAACCCUGAGCAGGUUGCCGACAUUCUGGGUAUUACCUCCGUUAUGGUGCAAGAUAUGACUGGAAAGCGUGUCAACGGAUAUGACUUCAACCUGGAAGCCAUGACUUCGUUCGAGGGUGACACUGGCCCGUACUUGCAAUACGCUCACGCCCGUCUCUGCUCUAUCAUCCGUAAAUCGGGACUGGACGUGUCUACCUUGGACAGCGCUGACUUGACCCUGCUGUCCGAGACUCACGCUGCCAACCUUGUCCGUCUUCUGUCGCAGUGGCCUGACGUCUUGUUGAACACCACCAAGACUCUGGAGCCUACCACCAUCAUCACCUACCUGUUCCGCAUGACUCACAUUCUGAGCUCCAGCUACGAUGUGCUCAAGGUUAUUGGUAGCGAGCCUGAGGUGAAGAAGGCCCGUAUGGCCCUGUACGAGUCUGCCAGACAGGUCUUGAACAACGGAAUGAGGGUGCUGGGUCUCAGCCCCGUUGAGCGUAUGUAAUUGGAAGCGACAAAAAAUCAUGAUGUUUAUUUCGAAUACCAACAAUGUUGACUGCUUAAUCUGUUCUAUGGGAUAUGGCAGUAUAGUAUAAAAAUUAGAAGUUCAAUAAAAAAUACCCAAAUUCCAAGUAACUGU